AUUUUAGCUGAGCUAUAGAGAAGUCGUCCUUCAUGCGUCGGUAGGUCACUGUCGUCAGAUACGGUGACCCCAUUUCUUUUUCUUUUUUUCACUUCGCCCGUAUAUAAAAGCAGCUCCAAAAAGACAGUCUACGCUGAGGCAUUUCGACGUAGCGAGCGAGAACAAGCAGAUUUUUUACUUCACGAAGGCGAUUAGCAAGCGUGAAGAUGAAGGUGGUCUUGGUUUUGGCGCUCUUCGUCGCCGUCGCUGUCAUCAGCGCGUCCGGAACUUCACCUCCUAACUGUGAAGGCGUGACAUGUGACCCAGCAACUUGCGAAGUGUUUCAAUGCACGUGCGGAAGCUACAAGGGCUCCUGCGGAUGCUGCGACUUCUGCUUCAAGUGUCCUGGCGAUGAGUGUACGAAGCUGUUCAACGACCCCUGCACAGAGGGCCACCACUGCGUCCUCGACAAUCCGAAUGAGCACUUCAACACUGGCGGCAAGGGACACUGCAGAUCCGUGAACGAGACAUCUACCGAACACCACCACCACGAGCACGCGGAACACAAGAACUGAACAACUCAACCUGCACUGCCCUGAGACCGUAGUGCAGUCACGAACAAGUCGCUUUGUCAACCACUCUUCUUCCAUGGGAUAAUAAAUGUUCACACAGUUGCCAACAAUUG